AUGACGCUCUCAAGAGCAUAUAUGUUGGUUUUAACUGGACAGAAAUGGGUCAGUGACACCAACAGUAUACGGAUUUUAAAUGCACGAAUUACGAUCGCAACUAUACGCUUACACACGGACUUUAGUUGGGGAAUAGUUUCAUUUGGUGCUGUGGUUCCUGACUUGAAGGGCCUUCAAGAUAAUAUUCACUGGGGGCAACACUAGAAAUAAAAAUGGAACCAAAUUAUACUAUACCAAACAGUACGGCAACCAAUUCACGACUUGAACUCGUUUCUAACAAUGAUGGUCUCGACCAAUCAUUUCAGAGCCAGAAAUCAUACAAUAGUUCAAAUGACUCAUUUAUGGAAUAUUCCCAGCAGUAUCUUAUGACAAAACACUCUGGGAAUUUUAGAUAUAGACCAUCGUCAAAACGAUCGCGACGUCGUCUGGUUUACAAAAAUGGUGAAAUGAACAUUGCCCAUGCUAACAUUAAAAAGCGAAGGCAGCGAUUUUUAGCGGAUAUUUUCACAACUUUAGUGGAUAUUAAAUGGCGAUGGAAUCUAUUGAUAUUUACUAUGGGCUUUAUAGUUAGUUGGCUUAUAUUCGCAUUUAUAUGGUGGUUGAUAUGUUUUUCACAUCAGGAUUUCCAGAAUUUUGGACGGCCAGAUUGGAAACCUUGUGUCGCGAAUGUGAAAGACUUUACAACUGCACUGUUGUUUUCAAUAGAAACGCAGCAUACUAUUGGAUAUGGAUUCAGAUUCACAACACCGAAUUGUCCCGAGGCGAUCCUAGUCAUGAUGCUGCAGUCGUGCUGUGGCGUAAUAAUCCAAGCUCUUAUGACGGGGCUUGUAUUCGCGAAGUUAUCACGUCCGAAAAAACGUGCAGAAACACUCAUGUUUAGUAAAAAUGCAGUAAUUUGUAAACGCAAUGGAGAAUUGAGUUUGAUGUUCCGUGUUGGAGAUAUGCGGAAGUCUCACAUCGUAGAAGCGCACAUCAGAGUGAUGAUGAUCACAAAAAAACUCACAAAAGAGGGAGAGAUUAUCCCAUUAUACCAAGAGGAGUUAGAAUUAGACUUACCGGAUGGGAAAUUAUUCCUAGUCUGGCCAAUCAUAGUUGAGCAUAAAAUUGACGCAAACAGCCCAUUUUGGGAUAUAUCCGCUAUAGACUUACACAGCCAGCAGUUUGAGCUUAUUGCUGUUUUAGAAGGUAUUGUUGAAUCAACAGGGAUGACCACCCAAGCGCGUACUUCUUACCUCCCAGAGGAGGUUCUAUGGGGGCACAGAUUUGAAAGGUUAGUGACAUACCAGCGUGAAAAUGGGGAAUAUCAAAUCAACUAUGCACGGUUCCAUGCCACCGUUCCUCAGGAUGUCCCACAGCAUAGUGCAAAAGAACUCGCUGAACUUGCAUCAACUGUAUCAUCAAAUGAUAAACUAAAUGUACAUCAUGAAAUUGAUGAAGAUGAAGACACUGAGACAAUAUCAUAUCGUUCUCAUUCGCCAGUAGAGGGUCGGAUUAUGGCCAAUGGGGAGGCUCAAACAUACGAGUCGAACCACAAACAUAACUCAGACAGAGAUGUUAUCAUAAACAUGUAGGCAACUUUGGUACGUGAGAAUUUUAAACUACGCAACUGAGUAUUAAAGAUCUGUGAAACACAAGGCUUCACCGUUGUCUGUACAUAAAUUAUUUGCAUCGCAAAAUGAUUGUAUUCAUUUUUCUAACAAUUUUGGUUCCAAGUCUUAAUAAGAAUAGCAAAUGUUCAAAGUUAUUAUGAACUUUGCAAUUUGCCAUUUAUUAUUUAUUACUGUUUCCAAUAGCAAGCCUUAUGUACUGAGUGGCAGAAUAAAUCCAAAACAGAACAGGGAAAUAAUUAACAGAACCAACUGGUAAACCUUGAAGAAUGCUUGCUAUGUACACAGCUACAUCGUAUCCAUCUCCAUCAAAGCCCAUCUUCAUCCCCGGGGCUCAAUGCUUCGAUCAAGCAAACUGACAGGAGGCGUCUAACCAAGAUAACUAAAAUCUUGACCCUGAAAUGUCUGUUUUGGGUUUAUAUGAUUAAAUUUAAUUGAUUUAAGUCUUAUUUUGUAAAUAUUGAUCAACUUUUGAAUGUUAAGAACUUUUGGGUGCAAUCCAGAAGUGAUGUAUGCUCAAGGAAGGAAGUAGCCCUGAGCUUAGUAAUGUAAUUGAUCUAUAAGUUAACUGAGGUAAAAAUAAUAUGGCCUAACGAAGUCAGGGUAGUAUUAAAGACAGUAUUCUCUUUGUAAUUAGAUAGAAGCUCAAUUAGCGCACAUGUAGGCCCCAGAGGUAAUCAGCCAGCUGGUUUCGUUAAUUGCAUCGUGAUCUGGUUUUGAUAUAGGAAAAUCCUCAGUCAAAAUCUUGUAGAUAGUGUUUCCAUUUAAAUGUUCAUAGAAAGCUUGGUAAUCAGGCCCAUAGCCAGAGGGAGCUACCUACCUGGCUUCGGGCCUGGUAAUUUAUAUCAGGGGAUUAAGUACUUGCUACAACUCUUUUGCUUUUCCCAUAAGUUCCCAUAAGUUCAAAGCCUUUGAUGAUGUUAAAGUGGAUCAAGGCAUUUGGUAUUCUGCAAGGGUGGUGUGUGACAAAAUUCUUCUCAUAAAAAAGUCAGACUGCUUUUUCUUUUUCUUAAUUACAUGCAGAAGCCAUCAUCUUACUGGCAUAUGUUACCUUCUGGCGCAGUCUGUAAAGUAGCAUGGAUAAACCUGAUACCAAUUUUUGUUUGUUUAUAUGCUACUUAGUAACUUAGAAUACUUAUAGAUAGUGGCUAUCUCUAUGGUAAUAUAUAGAGGUAACAGUAAUGUAUCUAUGGUGAUAAAGUCAGAAUUAUGUUUCAUUCUAAGAAAGGUAGGUGUACUCACCACCGAGUGAUUUCUUUGUGAAAUGAACACAAUGAAAGAAAGUCUUGUUGUUUGCUUGGUUUUUCCUUUUUUGAAGCAAGCCUAGAUUUUGGUAAUUAUUCAGCACUUCAGCGUAAUGGUUCUCAAUUUUAAGUUGUUUACAAACAGUUUUGUUAAGGCAAGCAAUAUCAGGUAACGAUACUGUGAAGUCAAGCAUUUUACAUGUACUGUAACAGGCCCAUAGCCAGUGGGUUCGGGCCAAAUAUUCUUUAAAAAUCAUGCAAUUUUCCACCAUUCUGAGCACUUUUCAUUUUUGGCCAUUUUAGGCUGAAGUUGUCAAAAGUGACCCCCCCUCCCCUUGGCAAAUCCUGGCUA